ACUGUUCAGACAUCUGUUUACAGAGCAACGACCGACGCCUAAAAGAUUGAGAACCUGUCCAAAGUCUGUGUUUUCCGUUCUUUUUUCCUUAAAACGAUGGGUUAAUUUAAGUUGAAAAUCUUAGCGAUGGGUGUAAAAGAUGUCGGCCUCUUCAGACGGUCCAAGUGUUGGUAAUGGCACCAAGUUGGAGCCGUUAUAUCCCAGAUCUACGCAUGCACAAAUUGCAUAUGAAGAAUGCUUGCGGAACCAAAUUGCACAGCUCCUCGCUGAAAAUCAUCGGGAGGCCGAGGAGAUCGCGACCGGUGCCCGCCGCCGCUCCAGCACCGGGGGAGAUGCUCGUUUGAAACAGACACCAAAUGCCUUGACCUUGAGUACAUGCAGUUUAACCGCGGCUGACGACGCUGUCAAAUCAAAAACACAAAAUGCACAAGCAGGUCAAGGAAAGAAAAAUACCAAAGAUGAACAUAAAUCACGACGUAGUCGAAGCGGGAGAAGGAAACGACGUCACAACAUCCUGAUGGUCAAUAUGACAAAAUCCAGAUCAAGUGGAGAAGUGUUGCGAGUCAGUCUCAACGAAUUAGGAUGGAGAUGGAAGGAGUCAAGCGGCAGUCAGAGGAUACCAUGCGAUCUAUUCUGGAAUGGAGUAUCUUUCUUUGAUUGCGAAAAUAAACCCCUUGGAGGCAUGGUCAAUAAAUUCCCAGGUCUGUUAGAACUUGUACGCAAGGCCCAACUCUCGAAACUACUGCAUCAAAUGAGGCAGCUAUUCCCUGAUGAAUACAGCUUCUACCCACGGACCUGGAUCCUUCCAGAGCAGUAUCACAUUUUCUGUGCAGAGGUCUCCACCUUCACUCAGAAGUACCCCCGAGCUAAGCCAGUCUUCAUUGUCAAACCGGAUGAUGGUUCUCAGGGUGAUGGCAUCUACCUAAUCUCCAACCCUCACCAUAUGUCCACUACCGGCCUCACCAAACCGGCGGUCGUCCAGGAGUACGUACCAAGGCCCCUCCUCCUAGAGCACCUGAAGUUUGAUCUACGCAUCUACGUCCUCCUAGCUUCCAUUAACCCACUCAGGAUAUACAUCUGCAAAGAAGGCAUGGCUCGGUUUUGUACCAUCCCUUACCAGGAACCAACAACGCGUAACCUCCACGUCACCUACAUGCACCUGACGAACUACUCCCUCAAUAAAUUCAGCACCAGCUUCGUGCACACGGAUGCGACGGAUCGGGGAAGCAAGCGAACCAUGACCAGUGUGUUUGGUACUUUGGCAAACAGGGGCUUGGAUACACCGCGGAUGUGGGAAGAGAUUCAGGAGUUGGUUGUCAAGACCAUCACGGCCAUGCUUCCUGAUCUUCGGGUUGUAUGGGAAGCCGAGUUACCUCCAAAGAGAUCAAACCCAUCAUGUUUUCAGAUCCUCGGAUUUGACAUUCUUCUGACGAGCAAACUGAAACCAAUCUUACUGGAGGUUAAUGCCAAUCCUAGCCUGAGACUGGACUUUGAGCAUCACCUUCCGAACGGUCUAGUCGAGAUCCUACCCAGUCCGGUAGACGAAGAUAUCAAGAUUCCUCUCAUUACCGAUAUACUCAGACUCCUUAGACCAGGGAAGUCCUCCAAGAAUCCAAAGAGCGCAGCGUCCAUCAUGGCUGCUAAACGUAGUCAGAUACCAGUUGUCAGUCUUGAUGGAGGAGAUGUCCCGAACCAUCGGCUUGAUGAACCAACCUCCGAGGACGAGGAAGACCCUCUUUAUGACUCCUGCUUAGAGGAGAUAUGGCCGCGGAAAUUCAGUAGCAAUUACGAGCACCUGCGCAUCAUGGAACGUGUGGCUGUCUUUUUCAAUCUGUUCCUUGGGGUGCGAGGGGCGCAUCGUAUGGGGGCUACUGGAUUCAGAACCUUCUGCAGAAAAUGUAAACUAUGUGGAGGUGGAUUUUCAACUGCUGCUGCCGAUAUCAUGUACAUUGAUGUAGCUCGUCGUUGGAACGAAAGAACCUGUGAGGGCGUCGCUGCCGGGAUGUGUUUCGGUGCUUUCCUGGAAGCCUUUUUCCUGAUAGCCAAGCGGAAGAUGAGGGGCGACACCCUUUGCGAACGGGUGGUAGCCCUCGUGGAGCACUGUGAGGUCAACUUGAACGACAAUCAAGACUGGCAACCCAAGAAGCCACUCCCGCAUCGCCGUCUUGGCCGACCGUCCAUGGCAGGACGCACUCUGGCACAGAAAAACAGCUCAGAAAAUUGAAAGGCAACUACAUGUACCACCUAUGUGCUUUAAUUGGGCUCAGUGUUUUGAGCCACAAGGACAUGUGUCCAUUCUCCUUCCCCCUCCCUUCUGAGAAUUUUUUUUCAAAUUGAAGCAGUGAUAAAGAGAGAAGUCCUGGAGAAACUGAAUAAGGAACGGAGGAGCUGAUUGGAGGAUUCCCUCCCCAGCACCUCCUCCUUUUGUCCCCUCACUAGAAAUGUUGGUAAUUUUCUGGGUGGAAACAAAACUCCUCUUGACCCUCCCCCCCCCCCUCCACUUCAUAUUUGAUGUUAGUGGGUAGGUGAACUCAGUCUUUAAAAAGAAGAAGCCAUGUUAUUUCUGGUAUUCAUGAAUAAAUACCUGUGAGUGAUACCAUAGGGGUAUAAGUCGUUUCAUUCUAUUUGUCAUCUCACCUUGUCAAUGCAAGAGUGGCCUUGCUACUAAAAAAUGUUUGAUUAAACUCACUUAUUGUUAUUUGGAAACAAACUCAUGUUUUAUUUUAAGUAUUCAUAGGACAGAUAUGUUGUGAGGUCGUUUUGUGGGAUUCUCUUUUAAAAAGUGCUUGAAGGAGUUGAAUAUUUUUUGGUGCUUUGUAUUAAACGUGCAAUGUAUGACUACCAUUUUCUGUAUUUUUGCAUGUAUUUUUAUGCCAUUUAAUUAUUGAUGUAUUUAUCAAAUUAUGUUGCACUGCCUCAAAGUCAUGUUGAAUUGAAUUUCUUUUAAAGUUUUUUAACCGAGUUGACCUUGGAAAAUUGAUAGUAAUUCAAAUUCAGAAAAGAGGUCUGUGCAUGUGUACUUGUCAAAAUUAUAGUACUUUUUUUAGAAGUUGGGUGCACUUAGUGGGACCCAUUUAAGACAAAACAUGAUCAAGUAUUAGUUUUGCUCAGGGCAAAAAUUAUGUUACUGUAUAACAUUUUUCUUGUUGAACCUAUAUGUUCUUUAGUUUAUGUUUCCUUAGAAACAGUUUCUUUUUGUUGUGUUUAUGUAUUAGAUUUUUCUUAUUUUAAUUUCCUACUAGUAUGCAAGAUUGUAUGCAAGGUAUUUGAAUCUUGGAAGUAACAACUCCAAACCGCAUGUAGGACCCCCCCCCUCCAUCAUGCAGUGUUUCAUGGGCGACAAUGUGUAGUGGACAUUAAAAACUUCGAUUUUUCCAUUCAAAUUGGCAAAUUUUAAAAAUGAACUUUACGGCAUGUAAUUGUAAAUUCCUACAUGACUUUGUAUAUGAAAAUCAAAGGGUAAACGUUGACCUAAAAUUUAUUAAAAAAUAAAUGAAUAAUAAUUAUGUCAAUUUGAAGAAAAAAGCUGAUCAAAGAUGGCUUCCAUUUAAUUCCUUCUCAUAAAUGGUUAUUUGGAUGCAAAAAAUAUUGUGUGAAUUUUAUUGAAUUGAAUAUAGAUGCUUGAUGUUUGAAUGAACACCUUGCCACUGUGAUGUGCUUUGGUUUUGAUACCGGUUGAUGGGCUUACACUUUUUAAAACAUAGUUUAAUCAUUUGAGCUUAAGAAAGGUUUAUGGUAUAUGUGGUAACAGGGACGAAUGCAGUGUAUUCUGAAUUGGUCAUGCACGAAGGAAGUUUAUGAUCAGCGAAUAGGUAACAUCUUGAAUAUUUCUUUCACAACUACAGGUUGAAACUGAUCUGCACUGUAGAAAUCAUAAUUCUACCGAAAUUGCUAAUUCAUUCCAACUUCCAGUUUUAAGAUGCUGUUUAAUAUGAAGACCACUCUCAUUCUCUGUUGAAGUCUGGAGUUAGAUUUAUACAUGUAUAUAAAGAACAGAUUUGAAGUGGGGACUUUGAUGUGGAAAAGGGGAAAUGGAAGUGCAAUCUAAUGAACUUAAAUGCUAGUGAAUAUGCAAGAUAUUCAUGUUUCUUUGUACAGUAUUUUCUGAGAAUUUUUAUACUCCUUUGAAAGUGUACGUUCUACGUUCUUUCAUUUUCAUUUGUUUAUUAUUAUCCUCUCACAAUUGACGUCAGUGAUGUAUGAUGUAUUGCCAUAUCUUAAAUGAUUGUUCAUUUUACCCUAAAAAGACUGGGCUAUUUGAACACCUAAGAAGACAUCAGACUCCCUUCUGAUCUCGGCCAUCGAUCACGUGAUCAUGAUGAAAGUCGGCAUGCGUGUUGCCCAUGGCAUUAUCAACAAAAUUGUACUAUCAAUAUAUUAUAUAUUUUAGAAAAGUGAUAUUGAAAUGUGAAAUAUCUCAAUUUUGUUAUUCCACAUUUGAUGUAUUAUGUGCUUUAUGAAAGUGAAAUAUGUUACUUAUUCCCAAAUGAUGGAAUAAUGUAACUUUAGAUAUGGGAAUGGAACAAUAUGACGUAAAAGAGAUAGAACUGUAUACAAUAAUUCAAUGACUUUAUUUGGUAGAUAGAAACAAACAAAAAUGUUUUAUGGUCAUUUUUUCAUGUUUUUAAGUUUUUUCAAGGAAAAACAUUAUUUCAGGAACAACUUUUUUAAUGAAAAAUACAAAUUUGAAUAUUAUUUUAUGUACGUACCUCUUGAUCUGAUGUAUUCAUUUCUUAAAUUAUAACAUUCUAUAGGUGCUGAAUAAUGUAACUCAAAUGUUAAAUGUGUGUUAGAUGCCAAUGUAAUUCGUGAUGCUACCAAGUGCUACUCAAACUUUAUUUUCUCUUUGUAUUGUAAUUCAUUUACUAUUGCAUGAUGAUCACGAAUCAUGCUUGUUUUAAAGACCCAGACCUGACCCAAAAGUGAAUUUGACAAAUCAUAUACAAAUCUAAAGCUUAUUAAAUACUAAAUACAGCAAUGGAAGCCUUAUGCAUUUUCACUGCUUACCAGCUGAGUAUUUUGCUGAAGAAUAGCUCCAAUUAUUGGGCUCGAAAAUGCGCUUUAUUAUACUUUUCACUGGCCUCAAGGCCAUGACGUCAUGUUGUGUUAGAAGCGUUGUGAUCCAUAGGUUUGUUCACCGAAAAAUUGUGGGUGAUUUUUUUGCUUUUCAGAUUAUGCAUUUUAUUUUCACUUCUGUCCUAUAGAGAUAUCAUAAAUAUUAUUUUUCCUGCAAGGUUGAUUUGAUGAAAUCUCAGAUUUGGACUAUUUUUUUUGUGUCAAAUUUUAUAUUGGCACAGUUUUCCCCAAUUCUUUCUGCAUUCAGAUGAUGUGUAAAAACUUUUCCUGACAUAGCAAUUUAGGCCCAACAAGAGCCAAACAAAGAACUCAUAAAACUUGGUGAUUUAUCUUUUCUACGUUCAAACGUUUGGCAUCACAACCCUCCUGACACAGUUUGACGUUACGUAAUUCAGCCGUUAAGAAGCUCAUUACGUCCUAUUGGCGAAACCCGUGAAGUUGAAUUUUUCUUAAAGGUCAAGUCCACCCCAGAAAAAUGUUGAUUUGAAUAAAUAGAGAAAAGUCAAACUAGCAUCACACUGAAAAUUUCAUCAAAAUUUGAUGCAAAAUAAGAAAGUUAUGGCAUUUUAAAGUUUCGCUUAUUUUUCACAAAACCGUGAUAUGCACAACUCAGUGACAUGGAUAUGACAGUCGAUGAUGUCCCUCACUCACUAUAUCUUUUGUUUUUUAUUGUUUGAAUUAUACAAUAUUUCAUUUCUUACAGAUUUGACAAUAAGGACCAACUUGACUGAACCAUGUAGUAUUAAGCAAUGCUAAUUCCAAACGUUCAGGGAGGAAUUAAUCAUUGAUUCACUUGACAAUAAGGAGAAAAUUAGAAUAUUUCAUAUUAUCGUAUAAUAAAAUACAAAAGAAAUAGUGGAUGAUGUCAGCAGUCUCCUCAUUUGCAUACCGACCAGGAUGUGCAUAUAACUGUUUUGUGAAAUUAAGCAAAACUUUAAACUGUCAUAUCUUUCUUAUUUUACAUCCGAUUUUGUUCAAAUUUUCAGUGUUUUGCUUGUUGGAUUUUUCUCUUUUUAUUAAAAUCGACUCUCUGUUGAGGUGGACUUGUCCUUUAAGCAAGUUACCAAGGGUUUAAUAUGCAUAAAGCGUACAUGUUUAUACCAUGUAGCUCACAUGUUUCCCAUUUGUCAAUUUCACUUUUGGGUCUGGUCAGUGUUUUUAAUGAGGCUGUUUUUUUUUCUGUAAAUGCAAAUUUCAUUCAUGUAUGUCUUAUUACAUUUCAUAUGAUAUUUCAAACUUAUAUCAAUGAAUAUUUCUAUAUUUUGUAAACUUUCUAACAAAAUAUUUUUUUGUUUCCUAUGGUGUCCACAUGCUACUGCAUUGAAUGUUUGUAUAUAUGAGUGAGAUUAUUCUUCAUUACAUGUAAUCUAUUUUUACAUAUUUGAUAUUUAAAGUCUAUUUAUGGUGAAAGGCAUUAGAAUAAAUGGUUAUCUCAAGUGUA